CAUGUGUUUUCUGCGAUAAUUUACCCCAGUUUUUCGUACGCUGAUAAGUAUUUGUGGACAAAAUCUUGAUUGUGACCUAGUUAUAACGUGCGUAUCUUGGACGCUUUAUACCGACAACUGUGUUACAUUAGCGACAUGAUAACGUUGGAAUGUAGCGGUAUUCUUACACUCACCGUCCGCCUGCCGUCGAUGUCUAGCUCAUAUUGACACAGUAAUGUGCAUUUGUUAUGGGUCGCGUGAAGGGUUUAAUAGCUGUCGCAGGCAUGCCAUGCGGUCACUCCGUCCGCGACAUUUGUCCUCGACCCACGGCGCUUGUACUCAAAUUACGUUCGCCGGCGCGUAUUUCCGCGCUCGAUGUAAGCGGCAAAACUCAUCAUGCUGAUACGCCGGCUACACCGCUUUAUGCCACUCUACCCAGUGCUUGGUCUCCUUGGAGCGUACACUCACGCUUUCGCCGUUCCAAUCUGCAACUCCUCCAUCUACUGCACCGGUGAACUUUUACGUAAAGUUCAACUUGCGGGUGUUUUUAACGAUUCGAAAACAUUUGUCGAUCUCAAACAAUUGUAUUCAGAAAAUGCAACAUUGGCCGACUUUGCAAAGUUACUUAAUAAAACAGGUCAACAACCGACAUUGGAGCAGUUGCGUGAGUUUGUGGACGGACAUUUUACAGAAGGAGAUGAACUUGAACCUUGGAUUCCGCCAGAUUUUAGUCGAUCCCCCGAAUCACCGUUGUUUCAGAGAAUCAUAGAUCCAAAUUUAAGACAAUUUGCUAAAAGCGUAGUUCAAAUUUGGGGAAAGCUAGGACGGAAAGUUAGCAAGGACGUGAGUAAAUAUCCAGAUCGUUACAGCUUCUUGUACGUGCCAAACGGGUUCAUUGUUCCUGGCGGGCGGUUCAAGGAAUUAUACUACUGGGAUACGUAUUGGAUUGUGCGAGGACUUCUCAUCAGUAACAUGCCAGAAACAGCUAGAGGCGUAAUUGAGAACUUGCUUCAUCUUGUUGAAACUUACGGAUAUAUUCCAAAUGGCAGUCGAUUGUACUAUUUAGGUCGAAGUCAACCUCCUUUACUAGCAGCCAUGGUGGCAAAUUAUUUUUAUUUUACACAAGACCUAAAAUGGUUGAGACGAAACAUAGGCACUGUCGAAAAGGAGUUACGAUACUGGUUGGAUACAAAAAAACAAACGGUUUUCGUUAAAGGACACACGUAUACAUUGUUGCGCUAUUACGCCGAUAGAAAUGGUAGAGGUCCUCGUCCGGAGUCGUAUCGUGAAGAUUACAACAACGCUGAAUAUUUACCACCCCGUGCACGUGAAGAUUUUUACCAUGAAAUGAAAAGCGCAGCGGAGAGUGGAUGGGACUUCUCAUCUAGAUGGUUCAUCACAGCCAGCAAUACUACAGGACAUUUGACCGACGUGCAUGCGACUAGAAUUUUUCCUGUUGAUUUGAACGCUAUUUUUGCUGGAGCUCUGCAACUUACCAGUGACAUGUACAGUCGACUUAAGGACGGGCAGAAGGCUUAUAAGUGGUCGAAUUACGCAUACAAUUGGCGUAAGGCAAUCGAGCAUGUAUUGUGGGAUGAAAUAGAGGGCUCCUGGUUCGACUACGAUAUUAAUGCAAAAUCUCUAAGGAGGCAUUUUUAUCCCAGCUGUGCGGCGCCGCUGUGGGCCGGCGCCGUUGAGACUAUUGACGCGGAGAAAUUCGCUGCACGUCUAGUUAAAUAUUUACUGUCAUCAGGUGCUUUGAAUUUCCCUGGUGGUGUACCAUCAUCAAUGUUCUACUCGAAGCAGCAAUGGGACUUUCCUAACGCGUGGUCUCCUUCACAGAGUAUUUUAAUCGGUGGUUUGGAAUUAAGCGGGAAUAAAGAGGCGAAGAUUUUAGCUAGAGAACAGGCGCAAUCUUGGGUGCGCUCGAACUACAUAGGAUAUUGUGAAACUCAAAAGAUGUUUGAGAAGUAUUGUGCGCUCAAACCGGGCAAGGAGGGUAGCGGAGGAGAGUAUACUGUUCAGGAUGGAUUUGGGUGGACUAAUGGAGUGGUUCUCGAGCUUUUGCAAAGGUAUGGUGAUAGUUUGAUUGUGGAGCCGUGCAGGCGGUCAUCCUCGCGCGUGCGGAAAUACCUUGAGGAUCCUUGUAUGCCGGCGCCAGCGCCGCGGCGGAUCGUUUUCAACACACCACCUUCAGUAACUAUAGUGUAAUUUUAAAAAGAACUUUCAAACGUCCUAGGAAAAAUUUACAAAGGUAUUGCAGGUAUUAAAGAUAUUCGAACAAAAUUGUUCUCGUUCUGUUCAUGUGUUGCUUAUACUGCGCAAGCGUGAUAAUUGUUAUUUAUUGUUCACCUAGUUGUAAGUCAAACGUGA